AUGCGCGAGGCUUCAAAACAAACCGUCGCUGUCAUCGGUUCUGGGAUGGCAGGCCUGGUGGCGGCGUUCCUUCUCCACCGCGACAGCAAAGGGAGAUACAGGGUGGAAGUGUUUGAAAAGCAAGACCAAUUGUCAUUAGAUUCAGCAUCAUACACCCUGGAAGCGGCCACCGAUGAACUCCCUCACCGCGUCGAUAUACCGAUGCGCGCGUUCGAUGAUAACUAUCACAUCAACUUGAAGCGAAUGUACGACUUCCUUGGUAUCGAUUACGUAUCGCCCAAGUUUCUUUAUUCCCUAUCCCGAAUUUGUCCUUCCAGCGGAAAGAGAGAGCCUCCUUAUUUUAUUCACUCAUCCAGCAACCACCAAGUACCACCGAUCCGUCCUAGAUCCCGGAGUCGCAUGGACUGGAUUGCCGAAACGUUAUAUUUGACAGUUUGCUACUUCUGGUUCAUUGUGUGCUGUUUUGUUAUUGGGCCGAAAGGAAAAUCUGUGUCCUGUGGGGACGAAUCGUUCCGACGCUACCUUGAGCGGAUACGAUUGCCUCAGUAUUUCUCCAGGCGCUAUCUAUUGCCGUUACUGUCAAGCAUGACCACUUGUUCGCAUGCUGAGCUUCUCGAUUUUCCAGCUAUUGAUGUCGUAGACUACGCGACGAGAACAUACCGUCAGCCGCAUUACACUGUCGUGGGCGGCGUUCAUCGUGUUCAGGCAAGAAUAUCCGACGGACUAGCCAUUAGGCUUCACUCAACUGUCACUGCUGUCGAGGCUGCUGGAACGAGGUGUCGUAUCACAUGGAUCGAUUCCCAGAAUGACAAAGUGUCCUCAGCAGAAUACGAUCAUGUUAUCAUGGCUGUCACUCCUGAUGUAGUGGCUGCUAUAUUCAAGCCGCUAGAGAAACCUCUACGGUCAAUCCCCACCGUUAAAGGAGACUGCAUUGUUCAUUGCGAUACAUCUAUUCUUCCUGAUGGCGGUUUGCUAUGUACAGAAGCUAAGAAAGCACUGGAGCCGCCGGAGAUUAUGUAUAUGGUUUCCGACAACAACUCAACCGAAUCUGUCCACAUCCAUCGUUCUUCUGUCAUGGUGACAAAUUUUCCAAUUGAGCCCAUCAAUUCGAACAAAAUAAUUCACCGCGCACGUCUGACUCGGGUAUUACGGACUGUGAGGAGUAGAGAAGUGGUGAACAGAAUAUUUUCCGCGAGCCAGUCCCAAAACACCCUCUCGGAAAAAGAACAAUUGUGGCGCAAUGGGGAUGGGAACGUGUGGCUUGUUGGCGCAUGGUGCUGGGAUGGCAUGGUGCUUCUUGAAGGAUGUAUUGUGUCCGCCAUGAGGGUUGCAGCAUGCCUGGGUGUCGAUAUACCGUGGUCAAAGGAAGAAUGA